UCGUAUUAAUUAAUUGACGACUCAACGUUCAAAAAGAUGCUGUCGAGGCUAUUCGCUCUGUUAGGGCUAUCAAUCCUUGCUUCGGUCCGGGCUGAAAGUUCUAGUACGGAGAGCUCAAUUGCGGAUAGUUCUUCCACGGCUUCAGCAUCAAAAACAAGCUUUGUUUCAUCACCACAAGUUCAUCCACAAGUUCAUCGAUAAGCGCUUCGAAGACUGCUGCUACGACGCAUGUUGUAUCGGUUGGUGCAGAUGGCCUCAACUACGAUCCUAAAGAAUUGACGGCGGAUGUUGGAGAUAUUAUUGAAUUUUGCUUUUAUCCAUUAAAUCAUUCUGUGGCGAGAGCAGAAUACAAACAACCAUGUAUACCAUACGAAGACACUGGGGCAGGAAAGAUUGGAUUCUGGAGUGGUUUCGAACCUACUGCUAUUGUCUCCAAUAAUCCGCCUAUAUUUAACUUACGUAUUAACGAUACAGAACCUAUAUUCUUCUAUUGUUCGGCUCCUGGUGCAUGUCAAGAGGGUAUGGUCGGGGUUAUAAAUGCCAAUGCUACGCAAACCUUCGAUGUUCAGUUUGCGUAUGCUGAAAAUGCAACGAUGGAGUUCUCUCCCAAUGAAUAUUUUCCCUUAGAAACCGCAAAAGCCGUUGCUUCUGGCUCCUCCCAUAAAUCAUUACCGGCUGGCGCCAUUGCCGGUAUCGUCGUUGGUGCAGUCGCUGUGAUAGCUCUAGCAGGCGCUCUAUUCUACAUGUGCGGUCGCCACCGAACCAUGAAAGAAGUAUUUCACAAUGGACCAUCGACCGGGCCUCCAGCUAGCAGCAACCCUUACGAUGAUACUCAUAAUUCUUAUAUGUCGCAAGGCGGCCGUACAGUGUCCGAAGCCAAUUAUCCAAAUAUUUCCAAGUUCGCAUCUGGUCUUUCAGGCUUAGAUACUGCAUCUGGACGCUUUUCGCCUCACCACGGUGCUUACACGGAUCCCGACACGAAUAGUUUUAGAAGCCGAAGUCCGCCGAUUGAUUAAGUGGGUAUGCAGACAGUUAGAAAUGGCCAGUAUCAGAGUGUAUCGGUUGGAAGUCCGAUGGGAAGUCCUGGAUUCCCUAGCCCGGCUCAUAAUCACGAGUCGCAUUUAAGUUCUCAGGGGUAUGGAGGACAAACAUUGAGUGAGAUGGAUGAUAGGAGUGCACAAGACGCUUUGAGAUUACAAGAAAAAGAAAGGCAAACCAAGGACAGGGCCCGAUCGAGCUCCCGGCUCCAAGCAGAAGCGCGAGUAUGACCGCAGGCGCGCCUUCCCCGGAAAGAGAAAGGCCGUUUUCGUAUACAGAUAGCGAGAGUGGGUAUGCAGGAAUGAUGAGAAAUGAAGUGGGUAAAGGCUACCGAUGA